CAGCUGUCAGUACGGUUCAGACCAUCGCCCUUAGUGCUGUGUGUGCUCGUCUGUGUCGUGCGCCCCUUUGCUGAACGUCCUAGUGCAAUAUCUCCGUAACAAGUUACUACUAUAUCAAAAAUCAACACUUUGACUUCAAGUUUUUGUCUAACCUGAAAACGGAUGCACGUAGUUCGAUGAUAUAGUGAACAAACCAUCCAUUAAAUCGCGACUACGUUAUUGUUCUACAGUCUUCACGAACAAAAAAACAUCUGUUUUUGGAUUUUAAUAAGUGGUAACUGAAAGUGUCAUUUUGAAGACUUCAUUUUUUUUUACGAAUGUUACAGACGUUGAGUGGGUUCUACAAUGUCUCCAAGUGUUAGGUAAUUUCACCAGAGUAAAAUGAACGUGUUCGUCUUCAACUGCAAGCGAUCGGACAGCCUUCGUCCAGAAAAAUCCACCGUGUGAAUAGCACUUUGUCCAACAGCGUCUGCCAACUGUGAACUGGAACUUCAGUAAAGAGCCGAUGUCGGCUAACAUUAAGCGUCUGGUUGUACUAUAUCGGUUGGAUCCUCGACCGUCAUCCAAAAUGAUACGACCACUCACCCCAGUUUUCUUGUUAUUUCUGUUGUGCCAUUUCACCAGUCAAUCGUUUGUGAAUGCCUCUUCACAACUACCAGCAGAUUCCAGUCGCAACAAUUUGGAGCCGCUUUCCCACCAGCAAAGCAAAGCUUCGCCGGCCUCUGCUAAUUUAAAACGUGGCUCGACCUCUGCUGACAUUGAUGGCGGCCUGACGUCGUCAUCGUCGGCAGUGGGUACCCAUUCGGCGCGAUUCGUGACGUCUAACGGCACGCUUAUCACAGCGCAGCGCGGUUCAACGGCAAGCCUGCCGUGUGAGGUUGUCAGUCUCGGCGAUGGCGUGGUGACGUGGUUUCGAAGGAAAGACUUCCAUUUGCUGACAGUGGGACACGCCGUGUACUCCAGCGACGAACGGUUCCAUGUGCAAGGACCAAUGCGAUCUACUCAGACUCAAGAUUGGGCUCUGCAGAUCCGCUUCGCUCAGGAGCGCGACUCGGGAUUGUACGAAUGCCAACUGUCGACUCAUCCGCCUAGCAGCCUCUUCGUCGAGCUGGUCGUUGUUGAGGCGCACGCCGAGAUCGACGGUGGUCCAGAGAAAUACGUCAAGAGCGGCAGCACGUUGAAGUUGACUUGCCACCUGAGACAGAGCAGCGUGACUCCGGAUUUCGUCUUCUGGUACCAGGACGAGCGUAUGAUCAACUACGAGGGAGCAGCCGGCGUCAAAGUCAUCAGCGACGCUGCCUCCAGUACGCUCAUCAUUGAACGGGCUCAGAGCGUGCACUCGGGCAACUACUCAUGCGUACCGUACAAUGUCAACCCAUCGUCCGUCAUCGUUCACAUUCUCAAUGGGGAGAAGCCGGCGGCGAUGCAGCACAGCAGUGCGGCUCUUCACUGGUAUUCCGUGUCCGUCAUUUUCAUCGUCGAAUGUGUUUUCCUGAAGCUGAACGGCGUUGCUGGAUCGCUGCAGGAGUGGCUGUGACCAUCGUGGCUCAUCGAACGCAACCCAUAGAAAACAAUUGACGAUACAACCACGAACGAUGAGGGCAGCGAGUAACACAAUCCGACCGAAUAAAAUUGACAAAAAUUAAGAGAAUGGCAAUAGAUUUAUACUAAUGUACAUGUGCUGUAGAUUCAAGAGGCACACGAACUGGGAAAACUGGGGAAAAAAAAGAGUAAGCGACAGCCAUGUUACGGUGAAAAGCACUACAAAAAAGAGAAAUAGGCAAAUGGAUGCACAUCCGUUAUUCUUCAACUCGUAUUGUAUUCAAAUUCAAGAUUCCAUAUACGAUAUAUAACAGGCCCGCCAUAUCUGUUCAAAAGUGUGUUGAUGAGGCGUGUAUUCUUUUUCUUGUAAACACUGAGUUACAUUUCUCUCAUUCACUAUCCCUGUCAUUCGUCAAGUAAUACUAUAAACGUAUAACUAUUAAGAAAGAUGGCAAUUGUUUCUUCUUUUUUUUUCCUUUUUUACACUUGCAGAAAAACAGCAAUAUUUGCUUUGUUGCUGAUAUAUUCGAAUUGUUUUAUAUCCGUUUUUUUCAAACAACUAAUUUCGAAUUCCCCCCCCCCACCCCCCUCUAGAACAAAGACAGAGAAAACGAUAUAUUGAUGAAAGGUGAAACCAAACAAUGACUUCAUUACCAGAUGUUUGACCAUGUUAAUAUUACAAUGUGUUUCCGUUCACAAUUCUUAUGGCGUUAUAAAUAUAUACAAUUCGUCAUCAUGUCCCUCCCUCUUCUUUAACCUUCCUGCCCCACUCGGCGCCACCUUUGCUUUUACAAUUGAGGCACAAAGGGGGGUGAGGAAACAGAGCAGCAUUACUGCCACGUACCUCUAUAUAUCCUGUACGUGAAAUAUACCAACUCAAAUGCAUAUUACACCAUAGUCUACUAUAAAUCACUUGCGUCAAUAAAGUGUCAACCCGUGCAGGCGAGAGAGCGCGAUUACCAUGGAUAGCGGCAUGUAACGCUGUUGUGUUAUUUAGAAUGUCGGUGACGGAAUGUUGAAGCAACGGCAUUGGACCCAUCCUAUAUUGUUGAACAGAAAUACAUCCCAUCCCUUGGAAAAUCGUGUAUUGGUUCUUUGGUCUUUGUCGUAUAAAUCCCCCGAAAUAUCACCUUCCGUUGUACAAUAUCCACAUUUUGCUCCGUUCCUUAUACAACACCGCCACUCCGCAACUGCAGCACAGUAAGGCCUAGCCGAAUUCCUUUGCUCCUCAUCUUUUCAACACUACAAGUGAAAAACAAACAACAACAAAAAAAACAACAAAACAAACAAACACAUUAACCCACAAAUUAACCAUCAGUUGAUUAUCGUUUCUGUAAAUAGACCUUGAUUAUUUCAUGUA